GCGCGCGCCCGCCCCCGCUACGAGCGCGCCCGCCCGCACGAGCACGCGCCUCGUUAGUGGAGUAGAAGGUUCAGUAAAGAGCGACGGCGUGUUACAAAACCGAGCACACGGACCGACACUUAUAAAGAGAUAUUAAGUGAAUUUCCAAGCCGUAAAUCACUUAGAACCGUUUCCAAUCUUUUUUUUGUGCCUCUGAGCCUUUUUUCCGUCUUGGAAUUGUCCAAUGUUUUUCAUCACACACUGAAUUAAAGUGAUUGAGAAGGAUAACUACAGCAGACCUUCUGUCCUCCAGAGCAACGGAGCCGUUCAUCUCCCACCACACACACAGCAGCGUGCAAGUGACCUCAGCCAUGGGCUGCUUUGCUUCCAGAUUGUUUUGGAUCCUUCUAUUUGCCCAGCUUGUUGCACUUUUGCCUGGAUCAUCAGGGGCACCGCAGGGCUGCGGAUCCAACGUGAGCUCUCUCUACUAUAACCUGUGUGACCUUGGUGCAGUUUGGGGCAUCGUGCUGGAGGCAUUUGCUACCGCUGGAGUCGUGGUAUGCCUCAUACUGAUCAUGGUUCUCCUCGCAAGCAUUCCAUUUAUGUCAGACAAUAGGCGGCGCAGGUCGGUAUCACUGGACGCUGGCUUACUUUUGGGCACUCUGGGCCUUUUUGGGCUGGCAUUUGCCUUUAUCGUGGGCAAGGAUUUCGCCACGUGUACCUCACGUCGCUUCCUGUUUGGUGUGUUGUUCGCCGCUUGCUUCUCAUGUCUCCUUAUGAAAGCUGUCAAUUUCAACAUUCUGUCCACACAACAAGGCACCCGAUCUUGGCCACUCUGCCUUGGAGCCUUGGCUCUUUGGUUGGUCGAAGUGAUCAUCAACACAGAAUGGUUGAUUAUCACCAUGGUCCGCCAGCCCCUUAAUGUCACCUCUAGUACCCCUGGACCAUGCAUGAUUUUUAAAGAAGACUUCGUAAUGGCUCUCAUUUAUGUAAUGGUCCUGCUGGUAGCUGUGUUUGUGGCAUCCAUAUCAAUCCUGUGUGGCAAGCACCAGCACUGGCACAAGAGUGGAGUCUUCAUCCUGCUCACUGCAAUGUUCUCGCUGGGCAUUUGGGUGGCCUGGAUCAUCAUGUACACUUAUGGCAAUGGCAAGCAUGGCAGCUGGGAGUGGAACGACCCAACCCUCACUAUAGCGCUUGUCGCUAACGCCUGGGUGUUCCUGCUGCUUCAUACAGUGCCCGAGCUUUGCCAAGCGACUGACAACUUAGACGAGGUAUCGGACCUUACCACUGAUGUCUAUACAAACCAAGGUGUGGGUUAUGAGAACAUCCUGAAGGAGCAAAGCUCGCAGAACAUAUUCAUGGAAAAUAAGGCCUUCUCUAUGGACGAACCCAAAGCAGCUAACAAGCCACUGUCUCCAUACAGCGGCUACAACGGGCAGAUUCGCGGCUCUGUGUACCAGCCUACAGAGCUCGCGAUUAUCACCAAAGGAGUGAAUCACCAGAUGGACCAUUUUACCGAUACUUCGAUCCCACGAGCCUCUCUCGCCUCUCCACUCAGUCAGAGCGGCAACCUCAGCCCGACCCUGUCCGACAUGGGACAGAAACCUGUAACUAAUGGAAAUGGCUUGCACUGGAAAUCGCAGUGGUGAAUCUAGCCAAGACUUCCUGAAUGCCUUACUCUGCUGUUCCCCCCCCCCUCAUCUAUGUUUUCAUUAAAGAACUUUACAAGCUUCAUUUUGGAAUGGCUAGGAGUCCAUGUGUCCAGUUAGAGGCAACAUGCGGGCAGUUUGUCCCCAGUGAUGCUGAACUGGAAAUGAAGUCCAGGAGUUGAGACUGCCCAGGUGGAUAGUGGACAUGAAGUGUAUUACAUGCUGGCUGCCUUAGCUACUACGCUACUAUGCAUUGUAAGGAAAAAGCAUGUACGAUGAAUGGUUCUUCACUUUGAUACUUAAUAAUUGAAAUAAUCAGUCUGGUUUUGGAUUCUGACACUUUCAGAAACGGAUAGCAACAGUACUCUUGCUUGUUGCUGAGGUAGCACUCUCAAGAGUACAUUUUUGAGAUCAUUCACUCGGAAACAUGGAUGUAGUGGACUUACUGUAUACAAUAUUUCAAAAAAUGAGAUGUAAGCUCUGAAUUUACACUACAUGCACACACAGUAAAGAUCUCAUCUGCUGCACACAGUAAUGUUUAAGUAGUGAGAGCAUCACUAUGCAUGCAUUUCCUUUAAGUUUAUUGGUACAACUGGACCAAAGGUACCAAACUGCUCAUUUAAUGGUAGAAACUGUUUAAGAUAAGUCCUGUACUAUUGCUAUGUAUCUUUCAACUUUUAAAGCUCAGUUUCGAAAGACCCUCCUUGUAUCUUGAGAGCUUGAAUUUACUUUGUGCCUUUAUAGUAUAGUACACUUUGUGACAGUGUAGAUGCAGCAACAUCUCUGUACAGUAGAUGUCUUAUGAUUACUGUACUUUUAAUUGUGCCUGAUUGAAAGAAUGUUGUAUUGUAAGAUUUUAAUGCAAAAAUGUGUUCAGUAUUGCAACACAUUACACACAGGCUUUUCUUUAAUGAUUGUCAUAAUUCUGGACUUAAUAAGUUUGUGUGAGAGAGUAUGUGGUAUGUGUGAUGUGAUUAUGUACAUACCAUGCAUCCUCGAUACUCGCGGGGGUUGCGUUCUGUGACCCCUAGCGAGUAACAAAAAAUCGUGAGGUUUCGACUCUCUACAUAUACUGUAAACUCAUUGUGAAUUAUUUGUCAUAAAUGUUUUCUUUACUACUUUAAAUGAAUGAUACAAUAAUAAAAUAAUAGUUUUUCAAAAA